GUGCACUGGUGGAUUCAGUUGUCUACAUAUUGUACAGGCGGAAAGGAGGCUAAUCUUUGAGUCUACAUUUUCUGUCCUCGAUCCUCUGUCCUGAAGCGAUGGGUACCCUGAGAGACCUCCAGUUUGCCCUGCAGCUGAAGAUAGAGGAGCUUCGGCAGAGGGAUACACUGAUCGAUGAGCUGGAGCUGGAGCUGGAUGCUAAGGACGACCUCAUUCGCCGCCUGCAGGGGGAGCUGGACCGCAUGCGGGUUACUCUCGGCACCCCUGGGUCCUCCGCUGCAGGGUGCUUGGCUAUGCGUAAUUCUUCUCAGAGGAUCAAGAGGAGGGCGGUGAUGGCAGAGCGCAUGAACUGGGACGACAAGCAACUUCCUCAGCCCACUGUGACAAGCCACAGCAAAAGCCUGAAGUCACAGGAGCUGAUUAAGGGGGCUCUGCUGGAGAAUGGCCUCACCAAACACCUGGAGAGGGGGCAGAUCCUGGCCAUAGUGGACUGCAUGUAUCCCACUACAGUCAGCCAGGGCUCCUGUGUCAUUCGGGAGGGCGACAAUGCUUCCCUUGCGUAUGUCAUAGAAGAGGGGAAGAUGGAGGUGAUCAAAGCUGGUCACAAGCUGCAGACAUUAGAGGCGGGCACAUUGUUUGGGGAAAUAGCCCUCCUUCACAACCACACACGCUCCACCACUCUCACAGACAGGGGACAAAAGCACAGGGGAGGAAAGAGGGUCGAGGUCCGUGGAGACAUUAUGGAGUGCAGGUAG